AUGAAAGGAUCGUUUUCAUUUAAAGAGCUUUCAAAAUCAGGAGCAUUAUCGACUAGUACCAGCUACUUAAAGGAACAGAUUACGUCCGUAUUUCAGCCGUCUGAUAACAAGCUAGCCAUGAAAUUGUUUGGAAACAAAAUGGCGUUGAAGAAGGAAAAGGAAAGGCAGGAAGCUGUGGGCAAGUGGGUCAUCCAUCCGUGCAGCAAUUUCAGAUUCUACUGGGACUUCAUAAUGUUGAUCUUCCUGAUAGCCAACCUGAUCAGCUUGCCAGUGACCAUCACCUUUUUCCACGACGACCUUCCCAACACCUGGAUCACCUUCAAUGCUGUCUCUGACACCAUCUUUCUCAUGGACCUCAUCAUCAACUUCCGGACUGGCUACAUCACUAACACAACAACAAAUUAUUUCACAGGCAUAAUUGCAGACAAUUUCGCCGACGAAAUCAUUUUAGAGCCACAUCACAUCGCGGUGCACUACCUGAAGACCUGGUUCCUCCUCGAUUUCCUCAGCUCCAUUCCACUCGACCACGUCAUCGUUCUCUUCACACCAGAUGCUGAAGGGAUCAGUCAGAUCAUACACGCAGGCCGCGCUCUCAGAUUCUUCCGAUUGGUCAAGCUGCUCAGCUUGCUUAAGCUGCUACGGCUCUCCAGAUUGGUCAGAUAUGUUAGCCAAUGGGAAGAAGUCAGUUUAUUCAUCUCAGUAGCAGGGAAGUUCAUCCGCAUCUUCAACCUCAUAUCAUUCAUCCUCCUCUUGGGACACUGGAAUGGAUGUCUUCAGUGGCUGGUCCCCAUGCUUCAAGACUUCCCGAGCAACAGUUGGCCGGCUUUGGAAGAACUCCAGAACGUGCACUGGUUGGAGCAGUACACCUGGUCACUCUUCAAGGCUCUCUCACACAUGCUCUGCAUUGGCUUCGGCAGGUUUCCACCGCAGAGUUCCACCGACGUCUGGCUGACCAUGGUGAGCAUGUUGACUGGAGCGACCUGUUAUGCCCUGUUUGUGGGGCACUCCACGACCAUCAUCCAAUCUUUCGACACUGCCAAACGACUCUACAGAGAGAAGUUCAAACAGGUAGAAGAAUAUAUGAUGUACAGGAAGACCCCGAAACAUUUGAGACAAAAAAUCACCGACUAUUACCAACACAGGUACAGAGGCAAGAUGUUUGACGAGAAGAGCAUCUUAUCUGAAGUAAAUGAAUGCUUAAGAGAGGACAUCAUCAACUACAAUUGCAGAUCUCUGGUAGCUGCUGUGCCCUUCUUCACCCACGCCGAUCCAAACUUCGUCACUGACGUCGUCACCAAACUGGAAUACGAAGUGUAUCAGCCGGGCGAUUACGUGAUAAAAGAGAGCACAAUAGGCACUAAGAUGUACUUCAUUCAGGAAGGCAUUGUGGACAUCGUAACGAAGGAUGGAGAUGUGGCCACAAGUCUCUCUGACGGCAGCUACUUUGGAGAAAUAUGUUUACUGACGAACUCUCGAAGGUGCGCCAGCGUGCGGUGCGAAACUUACUGCAACCUUUUCUCGCUGUCCGUUGAGAACUUCAACUCCGUACUCGACCACUACCCACUGAUGAGGAGGACAUUGGAAAGUGUGGCGGCUGAGAGGCUCAACAAAAUAGGUUCCUCUUCCAGUUCAUUUUCAUCUGUGUUUGUCUAG